GGCCUUAUCUUGUUCUACACUCGUAUAUUAGUAUUGUUCACUGUCACCAACAUCAUCACUUCCCUCUCCACUUCUAGUAGCCCCUUGGAUAUUUACCAAAUUCCCAGACAACAGAGAAGAGGGUGCAAAUUUAAAUCCCUUUAUAUGGCAAGCUCAGUUUGUUUCACUCAUGUUUGUUCCCUGAACCCCUCAAACAAGCCAGACUUGUUUGUUGGAAAUUCGGUUCCUGGGAAGGUUCUCCGGGCCAGUGAAGUAUUUCAGCAUUCAAAAGGGUCAAAGUUUCAAUCUUUAGAAGUAAAGGCUGCAGAUAAGGCUGCAGAUAAAUAUCAAUUUGCCAAGUCAGCCACCAAAGUAAAUAGCAUUGUGUGUGCUAACUGUGAUGGAAAUGGUGCUGUACAAUGUUCUCAAUGCAAAGGUGAGGGAGUUAAUUCAGUGGACCACUUUAAUGGACAAUUCAAGGCUGGCGGAUUAUGUUGGCUUUGCAGGGGGAAAAAGGAGAUGCUAUGUGGGGAUUGUAAUGGAGCCGGGUUUCUCGGCGGAUUCAUGAGCACAUUCGAAGAUUAGAAGACUGCAUGUGGAAUUUCUACUAGGCAUCUUCUCAACCGGAGGAGAACAAAAGGGGAAGAAAAAAAAUAUAGUUUAGCUGGAUUUUUUGUUUAUGUUAUUGUAGUACUCUACAAGUGAGUUAAAACCAAAGGUGUUUUAGAUUGAGUUCCAAAGGACGUUAGUUGCACUAGUGUAAAACAUGGCUACUCAAAUCUUAUUACAAUUUUUCCA